AACGCUUCUCAUUAUAUCUUUUUCUUAUUCUUUUUUUCUCUCGUCUCUUUCUUAGUUAUAUUCUCAGCACUUAAGCUUAUAUUAUUAGUUACAUCCCCACGUAUUCCUCUUUAAUAUACUAAUUGUUCUGCCCUAUUACUUCUUAGUAGUAGGAUUACUUCUGUUACUCGCGCCUCGCUAUAAAGCAAUGUCUCGGCUCACUCUAUACCCUUCACAGCAAAGAGCAAUCGCGCAGUUGCGAUCCGAUGCCCUCUCCCUCAAGGCAGACGCGAUCGACAACCUAACCGCGAUCCUACGCCUGUCCAACAUCCCCUCCUCCUCCCUUAAUCUUGCUCUUGACUCCAUCCGCCAGUACGCUUGUGUCGCACUGCACUUCCACCCAGAUCGUCCGGUCGGAAAUCGCACCGUCGCAAGCGGCCUCCUUGAGGAUGGCAUCUACAAGAGUCAGUUCGAGACCGGCAUCUCAAACGGCCUCGUCUCAGCUCCCGAAGCCCCACGAGAUGAAUGGGAACGGUCCCUCUCCAACGGUGCAUACAGUGGUGUUGAAGCUACGCAUCGUCCCAAGUACGGCGCCCUGGAUUUGAUGCGCAGCCCUGAUGGUCCUGCCCCAAGGUUUGGGUCUUGCUUCUUCGUACUCAAGCCGGAUGUGUCGCAACGGUCGACGUUCACAUUUGGCGGCUCUCAAGCAGAUCCAAAGUAUCAUGGUACAGUAGAGGAGUUCCAUGGCAUCCUCGAUGCUGCAUUUGAGGAGUGCUUUACGCGGGAUUUUGCCCUUGGCGUGACCAACAUUCGUCCUUCAAAGCUCAUGAAGCGUAUUAUCAACCUCAACAACCCAGUCCAGAAUGAAACCGGCCCAAGUCGUAACCUAGACCAUUAUGUGGAAGCUCAGGUACACGGCGAUAUACUUCUCGUGAAGGAUAUCUUGGAACUCGUGGCGGAUCCAUCAUUCCACGGUACUGAUACAGGGCGAGAUCUCGAAGCGAUGUCUUUGAAAUACGAAUUCCGUUUACGCUGGCAUCAGGGGUUUCGUAUGCAAAUAGUGCAUGUCACAAAGGAUUUUCGUGGCCCCACAAUGCCGUCCCUAGCUGCGAGAAUUGCGGAAAACGGAUUCAUUAAUGCGAAGGCAAUUGGGACAGCCGUGAGAGUGCUGUCAGGGGAUCCGGAGGCAUGGAAAGACAGAGGGACCCUCCCCGAGGUUCUGCAAGAGUUGAAGCUCCUCUGGCAUGUAUUAGUGCGAUUUGGGAAGGAAGUUGAAGAGUGAAAUGAGAAGCACUCGGACACUUCUCGGGGAAUGUCUAUGAAGGAUAGAUAUCAGGGCUGGGAUAUUU